AUGUCCUCUCCGGCGUCUUCUCGCGGCCUGGUCAAGAUCGUUCUUGUUCUGAUGGAAAGUCUCUCAGGUAGUGGACACUGCAUUCAUGGCUUCCGCUGUAAAACCCAAACAACUCCAAAAGAGGUUAUCGCAUUCGAUCCCCUUAUUCAACAGAAUGUGAUUUAUCGAGAGAAGAAGAAGAUCAAGACUCUCCAUAAAACGCACUAG